AUGUCUUCAAUAUUCUCUCUCCGCGGGCUUUUUACCCGCCAGCCUGCUUCUACGUCGCAAACGACCCGUCUCUUCUCUACCACAACGAAUAUGCUUUCUCGCACACCUCCCAAGGCCGCGCCGAAGAACCCCAAUGCCGGCAAGGUCCCUCCCCGCCGAAAGCACGCAGCUCCUAAAUCCGAAAACUUCUACCGCAUCCGCACGCUGCGCCAAAACAUGUUCUCUCCCGCUCCCCCUCCUCUACGAAUGGCCCGUCUUCGAUACCUCCGCCACUGGACCAUCCACCGCGCUUGGCAACUCUUCCGUCGACAGCAGCAUCUAGCAACUGAGCAGGAACGCUCCCGCAUCUUCAGCGGCAUGUACAAUGCUUGUGAAGAGCUGCGCAAAACAGCUGGCCCAGGAAACAGAGACGAGGGCUACCUGUACCGUGUUGCCAUGGAAAAGAAGGGUGUUUGGGGUCUUGACGCAAUUCCCAUUGAGUAUGCUCGUUACCAAACAGACCACCCAGCUAAGAACGCUUGGAACCACGAGUGGAAGAGGAACAACGAUUAA